AUGAAGUAAAGAAAAAAUGUGUAGAAAUUGGAGUAUGAAUAAGCAUUUUUAAUGAAUUUAAAGUCUUACAUAAAAAGAAAAGGAUUCUAACCUUUUAUAAAGAAAAAAAAAUGUUUUAAGUUUUUCUAUUGA